AUGCCAGGUGGGCUCUUCUUCGACUCUAUCGAAACCUUACUCGCGCGGACCCAAAAACGCGUCAGAGCAGCAAGAGAAAGCCACAAAGGCGCAGCUAAGAAGACACGCAUCUCCAGUGGUCAAGCUGGCUCUGCUUUAGCGCGUGUCGAUGGUAGCGGAAAUUUUGUGAUUGAUUCGGUUCAUGAGCAAAUCCGCUUAGCAAGGGUACGAAGACGCUGGGGAAGAGCACUCAGGAUGACGAUAUUGACAAACCGGGCAAUAAAAAGGCUGCGUGAGGUCGUGAAGGUCACGGAAGUACAGCGCAGGGGACGACCCGGAACACCAGCUGCUGUCUUUUGCCUAGCUUAUGGAAAAAAAAGUGCGGAUUUCAGAUUGAGGCAAUUGUGCUCAGUGUUUAUGGCAGUGCGAGACAGGAUGCGAGACGAGUUGUUCAAACAUCAGCCUGGUGAGCAUGAUGUUGGGGAGGACCAACAAGAAGGACAACAUCAAGCAAAGUAUGACGAGCAGUACCGUCGGGAGCUGGCUUCUGUUCUACGAGUAAGACUAGAUUUGAUUGAAGAAUUUUUGGCACCGAGAAAAGCACUGGAAUUUCUUUCUUCAACUUCAAAGCAGGUGGACAACAUGUUUGUUGGUCUCAAGCCAGACGUCGUCUUCCUCCCAUGA